GGCGGCCCCGCCCACAGUCGUCACCGAUGAAGAAGACAAACAAGGAAUCAGGAAUCAGCUGUCAAAAAAGUAGCCCGUGUGAUAGAACGCAUCGAAAGAGGUAUGAUUAGAGUGUGUGAAGUGCACUGAUUAUUCGUGAGGUCUGACUGAGCACACCUGCCAAGAUGCCUGCGGUGUCCACCGGUGCCAAGGACCUCUAUUUGAGCACCUCUCUCGGUGACCUCAAUAAAAGAACAGAUGUUAAGGCGGACAAGAUAAGCACAAAAAGCUAUGUUCAGAGUGCCUGCAAAAUCUUCAAGGCGGCAGAAGAGAGUCGUCUGGACAGAGAUGAGGAGAGAGCUUAUGUGCUCUACAUGAAGUAUCUAACAGUCUAUAAGAUUGUCAAGGCCAGACCAGACUUCAAGCAGCAGGCGGACUACCUGACCAUGCUUGGGCCAAACAACGUUAAGAAAGCCAUAGAAGAAGCUGAAAAACUCGCAGAAAGCCUCAAACUCAGGUAUGAGGAAGUUGAAGUCAGAAAAAGACUGGAAGAGAAGGACAGACGAGAGGAGAAGAAAAAGGAGAAAGAAGUGGAGAUGAAGAAAGAUGACAGUCAAAGCUCUCCUCAAUCCUCAGUAGCAGACAAGGACAGCAAUAAGGUUAAAGGAGAGGCGAAUGAUUUGAAGAAUGCGUCGACUAAAACUGCGGCGGCGGCGGGUGGGAUCACGGCGGAGAAACUUUUCCACAUGAUGAAGGACCAAAUGAUAACUAUCAUUGUCAUGGAUGCUCGAAGCCAAAGAGACUUUGAUGAGUCUCACAUUCAGGUCCCAUCUCAGGCCUGCAUCAGCGUGCCUGAGGAGGCCAUCAGUCCAGGAAUCACUGUGAAUCAAAUCGAGGAAAAGCUCCCCAGUGAGUCCAAAGAGCAAUGGAAACAGAGGGGAUCCGUGGAUUACUUAGUCCUGUUGGACUGGUUUAACUCUGCUACAGAUCUGACAAUAGGCAUGACAUUGCAGAACCUCAAAGAUGCCCUAUAUAAGUGGGACAGUAUGACCAUCUUGCGCAGUGAGCCACUUGUGCUGGAGGGAGGCUAUGAGAGCUGGCUGCUGUUUUACCCAAUGUACACAACCAAUGCAAAAGUCCGCUCGCCUCGACAGAACGUCAACAAUGUGACUGCCUCCAUGUCGCAGUUAAACCUCAGUUACCCAUCCCUCAAGGAAAUAAAACCCCCAACCCCACCUCAGCCAGAACCUGAGAUUAGACCUGAGCCUGUAGAACCCUCUGCUCCCCCACUCACAAAUGGAGUUGCUCCCACUGAAGACCGCCCACCCACACCACCUGAGAGCACAGACAAAUUGGUAGACUCCAUCGACGUUCUUUUCUCUAAGAUGGAAUUGAGUGACAAAGGACCAGUGCUAGACACAUCUAACCAUCCUUCCACACCCAAGGCCCUCCCACGGUUUGACCGUGCCAAGAAGCCACCGGUCCGCUUCUCGGACGAGCCUAAAGUGAGCCUGAAUGGACCAGACAAAGAAUCUGGCACGAACACGCCCUCUGUCCCCGACCGCUCAGCCAAACCAGCCUUCAUCCCUUCUUUGUCCGAAGAAGAACAAAAUCAGAUACACUCGGAGGUGGUGGCGUCCAUGGAGAAAGCCAGGCAAGAAAAGGAGAAACGCAUUCAAGGACGUCUGCUAGAAGAGGACAGGCGGAAGAAGGAGCUGAAAGAGAGGCUUGCAAAGGAGCAAAGUGAUAAGAUAAAGAAGGGCGACGAGGACAAAGGACAUCAAGACAAAAAGAGACUAGAGAGACAGAAGGCGAAGGAAGAGGAAGACAAAGAGGACCAUGGGUGCAAAGAGAUAAACAAUAAGGGGAAAGAGCAGAACUCUGAAGCCCCCUCCAAAAGUUCGUCUCUCGACUCGCCUGGUCCAAGUCUAAUCAUCAGUGAGGUCAAGAGGGAACCACUGACAAGAGCCAGAAGUGAGGAAAUGGGAAGGAGUGUGCCUGGUCUGCCAGUUGGUUGGAUGAAGUUCCUUGACACUGUGACUGGAACCUUUCGAUACUACCAUUCCCCAACCAACCGCGUCCACCUGUACCCGCCUGAGGUGACAGUUCCGACGCCACCGGCAGCGGAGCCGAAACAGUCGCAACUAGCAGUGGCACCCUCCAACGCAAAGGAGGAGGAGGAGCAGGAACAGUCUACGUUAAAACGCUCCUACUCUUCCCCAGACAUCAGCCAGGAUGUAAGAGAGGAGGCCCAGAAGAAGAGCGCUGCACCAGGGCCUCCUGCUUCCAUACCCACCUUCAGUAGAGAAACCAAACCUCCCAGUGUUAAAGCCCAUCCUAAAGUGGAGCUUACACGACCUUCAGCCGCCAAAAUCCGCAGCCUGAAUCCAACAUUUGGAGGCUUGGGUGCAAGUUUGACCGGCCUUCGUAAUCUUGGCAACACUUGCUACAUGAAUUCAAUCUUGCAGUGUCUGUGCAAUACACCUGCCAUGGUAGAGUACUUCAACAAUAAUUUCUACCUGGAUGAUAUCAACAGAUGCAACAUUCUCGGCCAUAAAGGGGAAGUGGCGGAGGAAUUUGGCGUGAUCGUGAAAGCGCUGUGGACCGGUCUGUACAGGUGCAUCAGUCCACGAGACUUUAAAAUCACCAUUGGAAAGAUCAACGAUCAAUUUGCUGGCUUUGACCAGCAAGACUCCCAAGAGUUGCUGCUCUUUCUCAUGGACGGCCUCCAUGAGGACCUCAAUAAGAGAGCGGACAACAGGAAGCGCUACAAAGAGGAGGAAAACGACCACCUGGACGAUCAGAUGGCAGCAGACCAGGCUUGGAACAAACACAAGCUGCUGAACGAGUCCAUCAUCGUGGCGCUCUUCCAGGGCCAGUUCAAAUCCACCGUGCAGUGUCAGACUUGCCACCGUAAGUCUCGGACUUUUGAGACGUUCAUGUACCUGUCGCUGCCUCUGGCCUCCACCAGCAAGUGCUCACUUCAGGAUUGUUUGAGGUUGUUCUCCAAGGAAGAGCGACUGACGGAUAACAACAAGGUUUUCUGCAGGCACUGCAAAGCUCACAGAGAUUCCACCAAGAAACUGGAGAUCUGGAAGGUCCCUCCAAUUCUCUUGGUUCACCUGAAGCGCUUCUCCUAUGAGGGUAGAUGGAAACAGAAGCUGCAGACUUCUGUAGAUUUCUCACUAGACACUCUGGACCUGACCCAAUAUGUCAUUGGACCGAAGCAGACCCUGAAGAGAUAUAACCUUUUUGGCGUGUCUAACCACUAUGGAGGUUUGGACGGUGGCCAUUACACUGCCUAUUGUAAGAACGCCUCAAAGCAGCGUUGGUACAAGUUUGACGAUCAUGAGGUUUCUGAAAUCUCCACUUCCUCCGUCAAAUCUUCUGCUGCCUACAUUUUGUUUUACUCUGCCCUGUGAUGGAGCUGCUGGACCUGAAGAACACCGUAGAAGGUUGUCAGUUUUUUUUCCCACCCCCCCCAUUCUUCUACAACGUGGCAGUUGCAGGUGUGUCCAUCUUCGAGCUGAUAGCUGAAGGAUGUGGCUCAAGAAUAGUGCAGUGCAGCACAGCCAUGCCGUGCAUUGCUUCAGCCACUAGAGGACCCUAGAGCUGUGAAAACAUGCCGGCUGCUCAUAAUUCUGAUCAUCUAUUCGAGAGACUAUGAAAGAUGCCAGUUGGACGUCACGCUGCACCUAUGUCAUUGUAGGGCAGGUGGCUGCUUCGAUACUAUUGAUGCGGUUCAUGUGAAUGGCUGGAUCGCUCACAUGUGUAAACAGCAGGUUCACAUUUACAUAGCUUGUACGUAUUUAACAAAGCGGAUGUUGCACUUUUCUAAAUGUAAAUAUUCUACAACAUGUUAAGAUGUUGUCUGACCAACUUUUGUUGUUGGAGCUCCCACCACGUUCGUUGCAUUAAGGUUUAUAGUUGCGAGUUUCUUGUAUUUAAUGUGAUCGUAAAAGGGGACCUAUCAUGCUCACCCCAUCCCUCAACAUUUCCCUCUCAAAUCUUAUACAGAAUCUCAUUUUAGGCUUUUGGAAGAGGAAAUUGCAAUGUGUGUCAGAAAAGUUCAAGGACUGGUUUCAAACACUUCAAAACCAAACAAUAGAUAUAAUCAUAAUUUUAA